AUGCUCCCAUCCCAGCCUCUCCUGCACGCUGCGGUGUUCGCCCUCGCAGUCCUUCAGGCCCUUGCCUCCGACACCUUCACUGCAGCUGUCUACGAGCACGCAGUCAUCCUGCCAGAUGUCCCUGACAAGCCUGUUUCUCCUGAUGAUGCUUUGGCCCUGAUGAACAAGAACAUGGAUGUCUUGGAAGGGGCCAUCAAGGAAGCCGCCCAGCAGGGCGCCCGCAUCAUUGUGACCCCUGAAGACGGCAUUUAUGGCUGGCGUUUCACAAGAGAAGCCAUCUACCCCUACCUGGAGGAUAUCCCUGAUCCGGCGGUGAACUGGAUUCCCUGCACCGACCCCGCAAGAUUUGCUCCAGUACCAGUGCAGGAACGACUCAGCUGCAUGGCCAGGAAUAACUCCAUCUAUGUGGUUGCAAACAUUGGGGACAAGAAGCCAUGUAACUCCAGUGACCCCAGCUGCCCCAGCGACGGUCGCUAUCAGUACAAUACUGAUGUCGUCUUUGAUCCGGAGGGGAAACUGGUGGCUCGUUACCACAAGUACAACUUAUUCAGAAGAGAAACUCAGUUUGAUUACCCUAAAAAGCCAGAAGCCGUCACCUUUGAGACCCCCUUUGGGAAGUUUGGCAUUUUCACUUGCUUCGACAUCCUUUUCCGUGAGCCUGCCGUGGUCCUGGUGAGCGAGUUGCAAGUGGACACUGUGCUGUUCCCAACAGCUUGGAUGAAUGUCCUGCCGUUUCUGACUGCGGUUGAGUUUCACUCUGCCUGGGCUAUGGGCAUGGGUGUCAAUUUGCUUUCAGCAAAUACUCACAAUAUCAGCAUGGAAAUGACAGGCAGCGGGCUGUUCACGCCGGAGGGACCCGCCGCCUACCACUACGACAGUGGGACAGAGGAGGGACAUCUCCUGUUAGCAGAGCUGAGCGCACACCCCCGUCUUUCCCCCACCUACCCCCCUGCUGUCAACUGGAGCUUGUAUGCCACAAGAAUCAAGAACUUUCCAGGAGAAAAAGACACUUUUUCGGGAACUGUCCGGCGGGAUGUAUUCACUUUCAGUGAACUCAGGCGAAAAUCUGGAAAUUACACAGUUUGCCAAGGAGACCUCUGCUGUCAUUUGAUCUAUCGGAUGUCAAACAAGAGCAAAGAUGAAGUUUAUGUCCUGGGUGCUUUUGAUGGGCUUCACGGUUCUCUCAUAAAAUACCAUUGGCAGGUAAUUCUUUUUAUAGAAGUGACUUGUAUAUGCCUACAUCCCAACCAUCCCAAAACUUGUACGUUCCAGCAUUGUGAGAUCUUUUCUUGCUAUCAAAUCCAGCUCUUGAUUGUUGAAAGCUUAGUGGUAUCUUGCCUUUCCUCCUCCCUGCAGAUAUGCACGCUGCUCAAGUGCAAGAGCACAGACCUGAGCACGUGUGGGCAGCCGGUGGAGACGGCGCAGACCAAGUUUGAGAUGUUCUCCCUCAGCGGCACAUUUGGUACCAACUACGUCUUUCCAGAAGUCUUGUACAGCGGGGUGCAGCUGGCCCCCGGGGAGUUCAAGGUGCUACGUGAUGGACGUUUGAAAAGUAAGCAUGGCACAUCAAAACCACUCGUAACAGUGACGCUUUUUGGAAGGCUUUAUGAAAAGGACCUGCCUCAUCCUCUGCGAACCUCCCCAUAA